AUGUUCCUUUUACUACUCGUCACCGUUCAAUUGUUCUACGCUGUAACAUGCCAACUAUCCUGUUACAAUUGUCCGAUGCAGGCAAAUGUUUUCGAUUCGAUUAUCACUGCUGAUACCGUUCCAAAUGAUUUAAAGGACUGUUCACGUCAGCAGGAUCAAACGCAAUGCUCUGUUCACAUCGAAUGGACUCAAAAUCCCAAUCGAACAUCAAUCGUGCUUCUGUCUGAUAGCGAACGACAGGACGCAUCCGGUCGACAUAAUCUUGAAAAUGCAAUCACGCUGACUAACAACGGGACAAGAACUCAAUGGAGAAAAACAAUGGAUUACACCUGUUCGACUGAUCAAUGUAAUAGCCCAGCAAUGGUAAAACGCUUAUUAAGAUCAUUAACAUCAAAAGAUAAUUUCCAAACUCUUUCGUCUUUACUCGACAUGAAUACACAAUUCCAUGGCAAUCUUUGUACCUUUUUUGCCAAUAGCAGUGUGUCAUGUGAUACAGAAAUGGACCGAAAUAAUUGUAGACAAUGCGCUACGCAAGAAUAUAUUCAGUCAAAGCCGGUAGAAGUGUGCUUGAAUUGUGUGAUGGACGAUAUCAUUGAGAAUUUCAUCACGCGUCAAGUGAAAUUUUUUAUGAAAGAGCGUGAACGUCAUGAUAUCUGGAUGAUUGAAUGUCAACAGAAAGAUUGUAAUGCAAUAGAAACCGGUAAUCUAAUACGACAGAACAGUGAAAUCGACUUUGAUUUUGCUUAUUUUCUAAACGGUUCUAAUCAGCUCAAUAGCUUUGCUUUAGUGAUCAGUCUUGUUUCCGUUUUAACAAUCUUCAAUUUAUUCGAAAAAUUAUUUCAAUAA